AUAUAUCUCUAUCUCAAGAUUCCGUCGUCCCUUCCGAUUCUGCUUUUAAGAAACUGAGUUAAUACAACUGCACUGACUCACUGAGUUUGUUCUUUUACGAGUCCAUUUUUUGAAGCAGGUUUUUUUAGUCCUCAAAAAAUGGUGGCAUUUGGGAAGAAAUUGAAAGAAAACCAAAUUGCAGAAUGGCGAGAAUACUAUAUAAACUAUAAGUUAUUGAAGAAGAAACUCAACCGCUACACUCGACAGCUUGAAGAUGAAGCAGGAAAUCAUCAAUAUGUUCUGAGAGACUUCUCCAUACUGCUGGAUAUUCAGAUUGAAAAGAUUGUCAUGUUUCUGAUUCAACAACAAGGAUUAUUAGCAAGCAGGCUAUUAAACAUCGGAGAACAUCAUGAUGUUGUUUUGCAUCAAUUAGAUGGAUAUAAAAUAUCGGAGUUACAAGAAGCAUACAGAGAAGUUGGGCAGGAUCUCUUAAAGCUCCUAUUUUUUGUUGACAUGAAUGCUACUGGUUUGAGAAAGAUUCUGAAGAAAUUUGACAAGCGGUUUGGCUCUAGGUUCACCGAUUACUAUGUCAAAACUCGUGCAAAUCAUCCGUAUUCUCAACUGCGACAGGUGUUCAAGCAUGUGGGCAUUGGAGCUGUUGUCGGAGCCAUUUCUCGGAAUCUUGCAGAUCUUCAAGAUCAUGAGGGAAACUACAUAUCAAUAUAUGAUCAACCUUCAUUGUCGCAUCCGGAUCCUGUUGUUGAAUCGAUUAAAGCAGCAGUAAACAAGCUAUCAAACUCGACAGGUUACCUCGAAUACUUGGGGAAACACGCAUUCAUUAUACAACGGGACUUACCAAGUUCAUCGGAAGACAGUUUUAUUGAGGAGAAUUAUCAUUUUAUGUCACUUCUCCUGAACUUGGUAAAUACAUUUCUUUAUAUGGUCAACACAUACAUUAUUGUCCCCACAGCAGAUAACUACUCCCUAAGCGUCGGAGCGGCUGCAACUGUUUGUGGCGUCAUCAUUGGAUCAAUGGCUGUUGCUCAGGUGUUCUCUUCAGUAUACUUUAGUGCAUGGUCAAAUAGGUCAUACUUUAGACCCCUCUUGUUUAGUAGUAUUGUUCUUCUAGUAGGGAACACUUUAUAUGCACUGGCUUAUGAUAUGAACUCAAUAUCAGUCCUUCUGAUUGGUCGGCUUUUCUGUGGGUUCGGUUCUGCAAGGGCGGUUAACCGGCGUUACAUUAGUGACUGUGUGCCGCUGAAAUUGAGAAUGCAGGCUUCUGCAGGUUUUGUGAGCGCGAGUGCACUCGGAAUGGCAUGUGGUCCUGCUCUUGCUUGUUUAUUUCAAACCAAUUUUACGAUAUUCAAUCUUACAUUUAAUCAAGACACUUUACCUGGCUGGGUGAUGGCUUUUCUAUGGCUUGUGUACUUGUUAUGGCUGUGGAUUUCUUUUCGAGAACCUUAUCGUGAAACUAAAGAACUCGUGCCACAACAGUUUAACUCAGGGUUGUUAGUCAAUGGUCACGCUGUAGAGAUUGGUUUUACCCAGCCAUUUCUUUUGAAAGCGGAACCCGAGCAUCAAAACGACGACUCGGAUCAAGAAUUUGAGGAUUGUGAUGAAGAUUCUAAAGGAAGUCACCAACCUGUUACGUCAAUUGUAUCAGCAUUCCGGUUACUCACACCAUCAGUAAAGGUGCAGCUGUUUAUAUAUUUUAUGCUCAAAUAUGCAAUGGAGAUUUUACUUGCAGAAUCAAGCAUCAUUACUGGACAAUAUUUCAUCUGGUCAACCAGUAGUGUAGCAAUUUUUCUUGCAUGCCUUGGGCUGACAGUGCUUCCCGUUAAUGUCAUUGUCGGAAACUACAUCAGCAACAUAUUCGAAGAGAGGCAAAUUCUACUGGCAUCUGAGAUUAUGGUGUGCAUAGGUAUACUGCUAAGCUUCAAUGUGUUGAUCCCCUAUUCCGUGCCUCAGUACGUUGGUUCCGCUCUGAUCACAUUCGUAUCGGCAGAAGUCCUCGAAGGUGUGAACUUAUCACUCCUGUCUCGAGUCAUGUCAUCGAGGCUUUCUCGUGGAACCUACAACGGAGGAUUGCUUUCGACAGAAGCGGGGACAUUGGCUCGAGUAAUUGCAGAUGGAACUAUAACACUUACAGGGUAUUUAGGUGAAAAUAGGCUGUUGAAUGUAACUCUACUUCCUUCACUUUUCAUUUGUAUUACUUCCAUUGUUGCAACUUGUUUCACUUAUAACUCCCUAUAUUGAUAAACUUUCACUUCCUCAAAUGUAUAUAUUUUUUGUAAAGCAUAA